AUGGCUUCUUUACAUAGAGAAGCAAUUCAAAAACAAAUCGAACAAGAUUGGGCUAAUAGGGAGUAUAUUGAGCUUAUAACUGGAAGCAUAAAAAGAAUAACUGAUUUUUUAAAUUCUUUCGAUAUGUCUUGCAGAUCGAGAUUAGCUGUUUUAAAUGAAAAACUAACAAUAUUAGAAAGAAGAAUAGAGUAUUUAGAAGCAAGAGUCACAAAAGGUGAAACACUCACAUAA